UCAGCUCAUAGACGGCCACUCAUAACGUACUCACACCAUUUCAAAGGCCGCAUGGCACCCUUUGUCAAGCACAAUGGAUCGGUGGGCGUCCUUUCGAUGAGUGUGAUGGCGAUCACUGCCUCAUCAAGCCUUGAGUUUAGUGUGCAGAAGCGUGGAGGUAUCCAGUCACUUGCUCACACUUGAUCCCAAGGUCACGCAGCGAUGAGCAAGCGAAGCACGACGAAGCUAUCAUCCACUGCUAGGCAUCUCGAACCGUCACUUUCUCUGGAAUCCCACUGGAAGUACCAUCGAUAGAGUGAAAGCGACUUAGCAUAUAAAGACCUGGGCAUGGGUUGCGCUGACGCGCUGCAGACUGCGUCCAACUUCAAUCUCGUGCUAGACCAGUGACACUACCAUAGUCCGCACUCCUUCAACAACGUCGAUCUCGGUGCGACCAUUGAACCUUGAAGCAAUGCUCGUAUCAGGGCUGCUCUCUGUACCGCAUGCAGUCAGCAGGAGCUUGGCCAAAACAGUUCCUGCUCGAAUACCCUCCUUUGCUCACCUACACACCCAGUCUGGCUCCCUUGCACUGCGGAAGUCACCUGCCCAACCUCACGGCGUGCUCAAUCGCAGAAGGACGCUCGUUGCCCUGCCUCGCGCUUCCUUCAGCUCUGGAAUCUACCUCUCUAGUCGAAGCCGCACCCGUCCUCUCUCGACUCUACCGGCGUCAUCUCAGUCUCUGGAAACAACUGUCGCACGAGGAACAGCGUUCGAGAAUGCUUCCAAGGAGGUUCUCUAUCAACUUUUUGGCAUGGACUUGCAGAGAGUUGGGGGCGCUGGAGAUGCUGGCGUCGACUUGCAAGGCUGGUGGUACCUGCCAGACUCCGCUACUGGUCCUCCCGACCCUGCCGCUCUGGCGACGCCCGCAAAGCAAGAAGUCAUGUAUGCUGAGCAUGUCAAGGAUGUGAACCACCCAUGCAACGGCUUUUAUGACUCGCCCGAACACUUUGCUCAGACAGUCAGGGGUCGUGUCAGCAAAAUCAUGCAGUGCUUUCCAAAGCCAUUUCAAGGAACCUAUUCAGAGGCCGUUGAGGCAUCAGUAUCACCUAUGACGACCACAAAAUUCGCCUGCGCAACCUACGGUGCCGGUGAGGACGAAAGAAACGAGAUAUACGAGCUUUACAGGGGUGUAUGGCAGCUGCGAUGGCUGGAUCAGAUCAGCAGUGACACAGCAGCACGCCAUGAAACAGGCAACAGAGAACACGACUCGCAUGCGCCUGAUGCUCUUGCCCAUCGACUUCGGGUCGUGGCUCAGUGCAAAGCGGAAUCAAAGCCACUGGGUCCUGUCAAGCUGCGCGAGCUUGAAGGCACACUCGGUCGCAUAAGUCAGAAUGCCAAAACUUCCGUUGCCCACUCAAUCUCUUCUGAAGCGGCACCCGUGGGUGUUCUAAUCUCUCUAGAAGGCUUCAGCAAGCAGACGAUUAACCAGACGAUGACCAGCUCCUUUCCCAUUUUGCUCCUUCAUCUCCAGCGCGGCAUGGCUUCCUCGACCAGCUCCAGUCCCACAAACAGCCGGAGUCCGAGUUCGAACUUAGGUGCGAGAGGAAUCGCUCAAGCUACUUCGUCAUUGCGAGCGUCUGUCGAAGAGCUGCGCAACGCCAGCAUGAGUUCCAUAAUGAUGAAUCAAGCUCUGUCCGGAAGCAAGGGCCCCUUGGGUGGACGACUCGAAGUUCGCUGGACACAUCGCUUUCCAAGCAAUUCCUCGCCCAGCUCAGUGCGGGGCGAAUUGGCCUCGCCACCACUACCCACUGGCUCGACACGUCGUCCGGCUUUGUUUUGGGAUGGGAAGCUGCUGGGCAAACGAGGUCGAGAGCGUCAAGUCGAGCAAUAGCUCUCUCUCUCUCUCUCUCUCUCUCAUCAAUACACACUCUCUUUCAAGAAUUUUGCGCGCUUGCUCCGUCCCUUUCUUUCUGGCUUUGCUUGCAACGCUGCCUGCACGAUUUCUGCGAUAUUCACGGCGGUCGGAACUUGUACCUUCUGACUGCUAUAACCGCUGCUUGUCACCUGAGCAAUCCUAUGUGU